AAAGAACCAACUUUGAUUGAUUGAAUUAUGUUUCGCGACCACUUUGGGAAGCUUUUUCUCGGGAUAUAUAACACUAUCUCCUUCAAACUAUCACAUAAAAUUUUUUUCUUUCUCUUUUGGUAUACACAAUAUUUCCCAACAAAUUCAACAUUCAAUUUUAUGUUUUAAGGUCAACGGAUGGGCCUAAAAAGUUAGAGAUAGAGGAUUGGUACCGAAAUUUACCCGCUACUUAUUUGUUUAAUAAUAAAAAGCAACUUAGUUGGUGAGGUGCUAUUUAACCAAUAAACCAUCUAUCAGUCUAUUGAUAAGAUCAUAAGAAAUUGAGAAAAUGAAUAGCAGUGAAGGAAAGGUGGUUUGUGUAACUGGUGCUUCAGGUUAUAUUGCUUCAUGGCUUGUCAAAUUUCUCCUUCAACGUGGUUACACUGUUAGAGCCACUGUUCGUGAUCCAAGUAAUCCUAAUAAGGUUGACCAUUUACUUAAACUUGAUGGUGCUAAGGAAAGGUUGCACCUCUUCAAGGCAGAUCUAUUAGAAGAAGGUUCAUUUGACCAUGUUAUUCAAGGUUGUCAUGGUGUUUUUCAUACCGCUUCACCUGCUCAUUUUGUUGUCGACGACCCUCAGACACAAUUAAUUGAUCCUGCUGUGAAGGGAAGUCUUAAUGUUUUGAGAUCAUGUGCAAAAUCACCAUCUGUGAAACGGGUUGUUUUUACUUCUUCCAUUGCUACAGCUUUGUAUAACGGAACACCUCGAACCCCAGACACCGUAGUCGAUGAGACAUGGUUUUCAAAUCUAGAUCUCUUACGGGAACAAAAGAUGUGGUACCAAUUUGCAAAGGUUUCAGCUGAGGAAGCAGCAACAAAAUUUCUAACAGAAAACGACAUUGACUACGUUGUUAUGAAUCCAGCGGUGACGAUAGGGCCUCUCUUACAACCAGAGCUUAACGGAAGUUCCUCCUUAAUUUUUGACUUAAUAAAGGGUUCACAAACAUUUCUGAAUGCUACUUUUGGAUGGAUCAAUGUGAAGGAUGUUGCGAACGCUCAUAUUCAUGCAUAUGAGGAUGCUUCAACUAGUGGAAGAUAUUGUUUGGCUGAAAGAGUUGCACACAUAUCUGAACUUGCUAUUAUUUUGCGUGAUAUGUACCCGACAUUACAAAUCCCAGACAAGUGUGCGGGUGAUAAGCCUUUGAUGCAAACAUUUCAGAUUUCCAAAGAAAAGGCAAAGACGUUGGGAAUUGAAUUUAUUCCCCUUGAAGUGAGCCUUAGAGAGAUCGUAGAAAGUUUCAAAGAAAAAGAAUUUGCUAACUUCUAAAUUGUGAUAUAAUAGUUCAACGAGGAAAAAAUGUUGAUAAUCGUAAUCACGGUUUAGUUGUAACUGUGAGCCACUUCAAUUUUGUCAAAAGCUAGACUUAUGAUAUGUUUAUGCAAGAAUUUGUUUUAUGAUAUGUGUAGAAGUUGUUUUCAUCUUA